GGAAAGUUUUCUGCUCAGACCUCCAGACUCGGCCUCCACGGGUCACCAACUGCUGCGAGAGGCUGAGAGCAACUAUCAUCACUGUGCGCUCAACAGAGGCUGAGAAAGACGAGACUUUGGAUACUUCCAGGAUCAUAAUCUAUUUCUCCAUCUGACGAGCAACUAAAUUGCAAUGAAGUCGACAUGUCUGCUCAUCUUGGCUUCUCUCGUGGUCUGCAACUUGACCGUGUCUGGAGGACAGGACCUCCCCACUGAGGAUGAGACUGACGGAAGGACCAUAGACGACAUCAUACUACAGAGAGCAGAAAGUCUCCUGUUACAAUCCAUUCUCAGAAAGAUGCAGGAUGAAGACGGCAGAAAUGAGGGAUUUUCCUCUCAGACGGAAUGGGUGACAAAACGUCAGCAUCCCGGUAAAAGGUACAGCGAGGAUUUGGAGAAGCGGCAGCAUCCGGGGAGGAGAGACGAAGACGAGGAUGAACAGUACUUGGAUGUUGAAAAGAGACAGCACCCGGGCAAACGCGAAGAUGAAAUGCACUCAUUCAUGGAGCUCCAUAAAAGGCAGCACCCGGGAAAGCGCUUCACGAUGGAACACGUUUCUGAAAACCCCGUAAUGCUCCUGAGUGAACUUUCAAAACGACAGCACCCGGGAAAGCGCUACCUGGUGCUGCACAGCAAACGCCAGCACCCAGGUAAGCGCCACCCAGAGGAUGAGGACGAGGAUGGGGAUUGGGAUGCGGAUGCAGAUGGAGACGAAGACAUCGCCGAGUUGGAAAAGCGUCAGCACCCCGGAAAACGGUUUUUGGAUAACUUCAGUCCGGAUUUAGGCACAAACAGUCCGUGUGAUGUAUUGGACCCUACGAGCUGCAGCAAGACCAGUUUGCUGCUCGACUUUUUAGACAACAUAAACAAGAGUCAUGCGGAGGAGAAGAGACAACACCCGGGUAAAAGGUUUGCACCCGAGGAGGAUUUAGUGGACGGGGAGUAGGUGAAACAAAAGCCUGGUGUGCGUGUACUGCUGUAUUGUAAACAAAUAAAUGUGUAAAUGAAGUGACCAUAAAGAAUUAUUAAAAAUGAAAAAAGAAUUUACAUCAUUUAAUCUCUUGUACCACCGUUUUUCUUUGGCUGCUGUAUCGUCAUCGCAAAACAUUUAUCUGCGGUUUGUUUCUUUGGAGAGCGCGUAAUUGUCCUCCAAAACCGACUAUAUCGCUGUAAAUAUGGUUUACAUUACAGUGCGUGCCCUAUGUUGAUCUUUGUUAAUUAAUUAUUAUAAUAAUUUAGUAUUUAUUCCGUUAAUUAGGCUAUAAUGCUAACAUCAAGUCCAAUAAUGACAGCAUUAGUAUACUGGCUGUUGCGAUGGUGCCUCUGUGAGGCAACACACGCUUGUCAGGAAAGUACAUGCUUGAAAUAUGAUCAAUAUGAUCAAUAAAAGUGGCUAACGUUUAGAGCUUUGCAGAGGAAAUCCCUUCAUUGAUUGAUUUGUGUUUCUUUCUUUUUUUUACUUAUGUAAACUAUAAUGAAUACCACCGCAAGUAAAAAGUGUCACUGGUUAUUUUUCUACAUAUAAUUGCAUGGAUUAAGUUUAUUUAACUUAAUGUUGUAAAUUAAAAGUUAUACCUUUGCCUUACAGUCAACCACCAAUGUUGUUUGUUGGACAAUAAAACGCAUUGGUACAAAUGUAUGGUUUUCUUUAGUUGCCGUAAUUCAUGCCUUGGAGCACUAUUAAAGUCUAUUAAACUGUUUAUCCAA